AUGGGUUGCGGGCUAUCACAGCUAGCUGCCAAAUUUGCCUUCUUCCCACCAACUCCACCAACGUACCAGAUCAAGAAGAAGGAAGGUGGUGGUGGGAAUGGGAGUGAUAAGCUAACAGUUGUCUCCACUUCCCCUUCUCCCUCACUUCCUCUGCCUCUCCCCGACGACAAUUCCUUAGAUGUGCUGUUGAUCGACACCAAACGAGGCAACAAGAUCGUUGCUUUCUACCUCAGGAACCCAUAUGCAAGGCUCACUCUGCUUUACUCUCAUGGCAAUGCUGCUGACCUUGGUCAGCUCUACGACCUCUUUGUCCAGCUCAAGGUCAACCUCAGAGUUAAUCUCAUCGGAUACGAUUAUUCUGGCUAUGGAGCCUCCACUGGUAAGCCAAGUGAAUCCAACACGUAUGCUGACAUAGAAGCAGUGUAUCAGUGCCUCGAGACGGAGUAUGGAGUUAGUCAGGAAGACCUGAUUUUAUACGGACAAUCUGUUGGUAGUGGACCAACAUUGCACUUGGCAGCCAAGCUCCCAAGGCUGAGAGGGAUAGUCUUGCACAGCGCCAUUCUUUCCGGUUUACGUGUGCUCUGCCAUGUGAACUUUGCGUUUUGCUUUGACAUAUACAGGAACAUCAACAAAAUUCAGGCUGUGAAAUGUCCUGUGCUAGUGAUACACGGCACGGAGGAUGAUGUAGUGAACUGGUUACACGGGGACGGACUGUGGAAACUGGCAAGGGAACCAUAUGAACCUUUAUGGAUUAAAGGGGGCGGACAUUGUAACUUGGAGCUAUACCCUGAUUACAUCCGCCAUCUUUGCAGGUUCAUACACGAAAUGGAGAACAUGAAUACAAAACUACGUCUCAAAAGAAUACGUCAGCACCUCCACCUAAAACCCAAGUCAUCAACCCGCCACCGCUGCUGUAGGUUUAGACUCUGGCGCCCGAGAUGCCCAAGAUGUUUUACUCCCACGUGCAUAAAAUGUCGCUGCUGCAACAUCAGAUGCGGCAUGGGAGGGUGUUGGAAAUGCUGCUGCCCUCUGCAAUGUUGUUGGAAGCCGCCUUCCAGAUGCUGUUCGACUAAAUGCUCGACACCCUGCUGCUUCCGGUGGCAGUGCUGCUGCUGCUGUGGGGACAGCGGAACGACCGUUGGAAUUAAUGGAAAGCAGGAUGGAUGA